UUCUAAUAUUUUUGUUGGCUGCUUGUUUUCCACAAAAUAAUUGUGUGUUUAUUGUGUUCAUUUCUAGGAAUUGAAGUCAUUGAUCGUAAUAUGAAGUGUACUAUACCUGAAAUAUCAUGGCACAAUCGGGAGCCCGUUUUGAGUGUUCAUAUUCAACCUGUUUCUGAAAAAUUUUAUAGGUUAGCAACUGGUGGUGCCGAUUGUCAUGUUUUGAUUUGGCAACUAACAAUAAACGAAAACGGUAGUGUUAAAAUUGAAGCUUUAUCUGAUUUAACAAGACACCAAAGGGCUGUUAAUUCAGUUCGGUGGUCACCAGGGGGGCAGUAUCUUGCGACAGCUGAUGACGACGCAAAUAUCAUUAUUUGGCAACUUAAAACCGACAAUAUCCCUUUGUUGGAAGGAGAAACCAAUGAUAAGGAAACAUGGAUAGUGCAUAAAAUUAUGCGAGGACACAAAGAAGACAUUUACGAUUUGUGUUGGUCACCUGAUGGUUUAAAACUACUUUCUGGAUCUAUAGAUAACACCGCAAUUUUGUGGGACUUUCAAAAAGGCAAAAAUGAACAGAUUUUAACAGAUCACAAAGGGUUUGUCCAGGGCGUUUCUUGGGAUCCUAGGGGUCAGUUUUUGGCAACAAUCAGUACUGAUAGAAUUUGUCGUAUUUUUGAAAACACUGGUAAACAAGUGAAAGCUAGAAUGCAUAAAGGAUUAUUACCAGUACCAGAAGAUCAUUACCUUCACAACAAGGACGUAAAAUUUUUUCAUGACGACACUUUCAAGUCAUUUUUCAGAAGACUGGAUUUUUCUCCUGAUGGUUCACUACUAGCUGUUCCUUCAGGUCGCAUUGAAAUUGAAGACUGUAAAAAGAUUCUCAACUGUACUUUGGUUUUUGCAGUAGAUAACUGGGGAGGUCCAGUUUUUUUGUUUCCAUCAGGAAAACAGUGUAGUACAGUAGUCCGUUUCUGUCCAAUUCUUUUUGAACUACAAGAAGAUGGCCCUGAUUCAUUAGUGUCCUUACCCUACAGAAUGAUCGUAGCGAUCGGAACUGACCAUGAUAUAAUUUUGUAUGACACUCAACAGCAGAUGCCUUUUGCUUAUUUCAAAGACAUCCACUAUACAAGAUUAACAGAUUUGACUUGGUCUAAAGAUGGCCAAUUGUUAGUUGCAUCCUCAACGGAUGGAUUUUGCGCUCUUAUCACUUUCGAACCUAAUGAAUUAGGAGUGGAGUAUAUUAAAGAAGAGGAAGUUGAGGAAAGUGUGUUAGAUAUUAGUGGAUGUGAGGAAUUACCGGAUGAUGAUAAGAAUCUUGAUGUUAACAAACCGAAAAAAUUAAAUUUGUUGGAACAAUGGGCAAUCAAGACGCCCAAGAAGGGAAAAAAAGGAAUUUCUGAUAGUGAUAAGAAAAAUGAAGAUACAAGUAAAAGAAAACUUGAAGAACCAAACAGAUUGAUCCCAAAACGAAUAAAACCGAUUCCUGUCAAGGAUGAAAAUGUUCAAAACCAAAAAAAUGACACUCCUUUAGCUACCAGCAACAGAAAUGAACGUUCCACGCCUAAAGCUAGCCCACUUUUAAAUUUUCUCAAACCUAUCACGAAAGAAAAAAUAAUUGAAUCACCAGUUUUAGACCCUAAAAAAUCAACAGUAGUUUUAACUUUAGACGAAUUAGAAGCUAGAGACGGUUGGCACUGUGACAAAGAUGAGAAUAAAAAUGCAGAACCUACAGUACGCAAUGAUGAGUGCACAGAAGACUUCAGUUUACAUUUAGAAGACACAAAUAGUAAAAAUUGUGUUCAAGGGAAUAAGAAGCCUAAUGAUGACAAGAAAGAAGUCACUGAAAAUUGUGUUUCGAAAAUUGUUGAUGUCUCUACAGAUAACACCGCCUCCACUAACGAUGCAGAAAAUAAAAUAGUAUCAAACACAGAAGACAUAAUAAAUAAACCCCCAAGACGAAUUCCAUUAAUCACGUUGUCAAGUCCUAAAACUAAGAAAAAAUAGAUCUGAUUAUGUUACGUUUUGUAAAUUUUAUUUCGCUUUUUAACUUCUCGUUUUAUUAUUUAUCAAGUGAUGUCAAUAAAAAAAAGUAUUAUUUUGA